AUGCGCGCCUUGGCCAGCUCGGGGCCCAAUGCGUCCCGGUGGGCGCCGGCCGACGCCUCGGGCUGUCCGGGCUGCGGCGCCAACGCCUCGGACGGCCCGGCCCCCGCGGUGUGGUCCGUGGACGCCUGGCUCGUGCCGCUCUUUUUUGGCGCCCUAAUGCUGCUCGGCCUGACUGGGAACUCGCUGGUCAUCUUCGUCAUCUGCCGCCACAAGCAGAUGCGCACAGUGACCAACUUUUACAUCGCCAACCUGGCGGUCACUGACGUGACCUUCCUGCUGUGCUGUGUGCCCUUCACCGCCCUACUCUACCCGCUGCCAGCCUGGGUGCUGGGUGACUUCAUGUGCAAGUUUGUCAACUACAUUCAGCAGGUCUCCGUGCAGGCUACGUGCGCCACCCUGACCGCCAUGAGCGUGGACCGCUGGUACGUGACGGUGUUCCCGCUGCGCGCCCUGCACCGCCGCACGCCCCGCCUGGCGCUGUCCGUCAGCCUGGGCAUCUGGGUGGGCUCCGCGGCCGUGUCGGCGCCGGUGCUCGCCCUGCACCGCCUCUCGCCGGGGCCGCGCACCUACUGCAGCGAGGCCUUCCCCAGCCGCGCCCUGGAGCGCGCCUUUGCGCUCUACAACCUGCUGGCGCUCUACCUGCUGCCGCUGGCCGCCACCUGCGCCUGCUAUGGGGCCAUGCUCCGCCACCUGGGCCGCGCCGCCCUGAGCCCGGCGCCCGCCGACAGCUCCCGGCAGGGGCAGAUGCUGGCAGAGCGGGCGGACGUUGUGCGGGCCCGGGUGUCCAGGCUGGUGGCGGCCGUGGUGCUGCUCUUCGCGGUCUGCUGGGGCCCCAUCCAGCUGUUCCUGGUGCUGCAGGCGCUGGGCCCGUCGGGCUCCUGGCACCCCCGCAGCUACGCGGCCUACGCGCUCAAGAUCUGGGCGCACUGCAUGUCCUACAGCAACUCCGCGCUCAACCCGCUGCUCUACGCCUUCCUGGGCGCGCACUUCCGGCGGGCCCUGCGCCGCGUCUGCGCCUGCGCCGCCCGCGCCCCCAGCGGCCCCCGCGCCCCCCGCGCCCCGGGCCCCCGGUCCUCCCCGCCCCGCCUCCCUCCGCCACCCCAGGGCGACGACGAAGCCGGGAGGCAGCGGGCCAGGGCUGUGCGUCCUGAGGGAACACGCUGCCCCUCUCUGA